AUGCCCUUCAGCCAUCCAAACCUCAGACCACCCGUCCAAAUCCUGCAUCAUGGCCGCCAGAUGGGCAUGAAAUACGUCGCAGCGUAUCUCAUGGCAGCCCUCGCGGGCAAGGACAGCCCUUCCGCCGACGACAUCAAGAAAAUCCUCGAGUCCGUGGAGUCCGAAUACGAUGAGAGCAUUGCCAGCAAGCUGGUCUCUGAGCUCGAAGGCAAGACGGUGCACGAGGUCGUGGCUGAGGGAAAGGAGAAGCUGAAGGGCUUUGGCGGCGGUGGCGGCGGCGGCCCUGCAAUUGGCGGCGGUGGCGGUGCCGCUGCGCCCGCGGCGGAGGCGAAGAAGGAAGAGAAGAAGGUCGAAGAGGAGGAAGAAGAGGAGGAGAUGGACUUCGACCUCUUCGGCUGA